AUGCCAAAGACUAACAAAACAAGUAGACAAGUUGUUUUAAAUAAUGCUUAUGCUCCAUCAACAGCUUCAAGUAAAAAGAUUACAAUUAAUGGUAAAACAGUUACUGUAUCAGCCAAUACUCAAGUAGGUAAGUCAGCUCCAAGAAUGAAAGGAAAGGUUGAACAUAAAGGAGCUGCUGCUGAAACUAAGAAACUUGAAGCUGCUAUUAAAACAUUGAGAGGUCAACAAAUUGGAGGAAUUGAUGAAUGUGAAAUGAUUCAAAAGAAAGAUGGACAAUAUAAAAUUACUAAUUGGAAAAGUCCAAAGAUUAUGUGUACUAAUGAAGGUGGAGUUUUCUUUGUUACUGGUGCUAAUAAAGUAGAAGAAAUGACUGAAGAACAAUUUAAUAAAGCUGCACAAGCUCAAAUUGAAGAAAUUACUAAACAAUUUGCUGCUCCUGCUUCAACUGAAGAAAAGAAAGAAGAAGAAGUUAAAGAAGAAAAGAAGGAAGAAGCAACUCCAGCUGAAACCGAAGAAAAGAAAGAAUAAAUGAAUUAUUUCCUUUUGUU